GACAGCAAACAACAGCUUGUUACAAAAUCCAACAACACAGCAAAAUAAAGGAAAAUCAUUGAGAGGAAUAGGACACUGGAAUUUGCUUUUGAUUUUUUUUCUGUUUCAUCUCAGUUGUCCCAUCUUCUCUAAAUUUAAACGUAUUUUACUUAGAAUCAUCAAAUGUCAAGUCAGCGGUUUUGAUCUAAUUAUUCAGACAGAAACUGGUUUGUUGGAUAAAUACCUUAUCUCUAUUUGGGACGCUUACUUCGGAGCUUCCAUUUCUGGCUUUCAAAGUCUGUGCAGGAUGGCUGGUUACAGCUACUAUAGAAUAACCAUCUUCACAGCCAUGUUUGUAGGCUACACCUUGUAUUACUUCAACAGAAAAACCUUCUCCUUUGUGAUGCCCUCCGUCAUGGAGGAGGUGACCUUGGAAAAAGACGACUUAGGUUUGAUAACCAGCAGCCAGUCGCUGGCUUACGCUAUCAGCAAGUUUAUCAGCGGAGUCCUCUCCGAUCAGAUCAGUGCCCGUCUGCUCUUCUGUUCUGGGUUAUUCCUGGUGGGAGUGAUAAAUGUCGUCUUCUCCUGGAGUUCCACCAUCACUGCCUUUACUGUGCUCUGGUUCUUUAACGGAUUGGCACAAGGCUUUGGGUGGCCACCCUGUGGAAAAAUACUACGCAAGUGGUAUGAACCAGCACAAUUUGGAACAUGGUGGGCUGUUCUGUCAACCAGUAUGAACUUGGCGGGCAGCCUUGGCCCACUCAUCGCCACGACGAUGGCCCUUAGCUACAGCUGGAGGGUAACCCUCUCUCUUUCUGGUUCCAUCUCCAUGGGGAUUGCAUUCCUGUGUCUGUUCUUUAUAAUUAAUGAGCCUAUGGAUGUAGGACUACCCAACAUUGAACCAGGCCUGAAGAAGGGAGGCAAGAAAGGACCCACUGGUGAUGAGAGCACUUUGAAAGAACUGUUGUUGACCCCAUAUCUGUGGGUCCUGAAUAUUGGGUACUUGGUGGUGUUUGGAGUGAAGACCUGUUGCACUGACUGGGGGCAGCUCUUCCUCAUUCAAGAGAAGGGACAAACUGCACUGAUAGGGAGCUCGUUCAUGAGUGCACUGGAGGUCGGCGGACUGCUGGGGAGCAUAGCUGCUGGAUACCUGUCUGACAGGGCAGUUGCUCGGAAUGGCCUUCGAAGUCAUGGAAACCCUCGACAUGGACUUUUGCUCUCCAUGAUGGCAGGAAUGGCCUUAUCAAUGUAUCUCUUCAGAGUAACAGUAACCACAGAAUCUGCCAAGGAAACUGAGUUCUGGACAUUAAUCUUCAAACCUCUGACUCAGAUCACUAACUUAACAGAAGAUGAGUUAUGGAUUCUGACUUUGGGAGCCAUGUUUGGGUUCUGUUCGUAUGGGCCAAUUGCACUGUUUGGAGUGAUUGCCAAUGAGUCUGCACCUUCUAACCUGUCCGGCACGUCACAUGCCAUUGUUGCUCUCAUGGCGAACGUGGGAGGUUUUCUGGCUGGCCUCCCGUUCAGCACGAUUGCGAAGAAAUACAGCUGGAACAUGGCCUUCUGGAUCGCUGAGCUCAUGUGUACUGUCACCACCGUGGCCUUCUUCCUGCUGAGGAACAUCCGGACGAAGAUGGGCCGUCUUCCAAAGAAGGAAGAUUGAAAAUCUAGAAAUGCUCCACUAGUAGAGAGCCUUAUGCUUUGAUUAUGUUGGUAAAAGUUCAUUAAGUGAGUGCACCUCUGUCAACAACAUUACUUAGUCUGUAAGGAGUGGGUCCUAUCACAAGCUUACCACUUCCCCCUUUUCCCAAAGUCUUCAUUCACAAUAAGAUUCACAAACAUGUGGAUCUUGAUAUCUUUUAUCAAGCCAAGACCCUUCAUCAGGACCUGACAUGUGUUGGUCUUAGUCCAAAGUACCAACCAUUUAUUCCUUACCAUAGAUGCUGCCUGACUUGCUGAGUCCCUCCAGCAUUUUGUCUGUGUGUUGCUCAGGAUUUCCGGCAUCUCGUGUUGUAGAUGUCAGCAAGUUACUGAAUUUAUAGUGUGUAACGUUUGUUCAGCUGCUGGUCUGUUUUAUCUGGCCUGGAGAGUAAUUUCCUUCACACCAGGAAGGCUGUGGAAGACCUCAUGCCAGUGCAAUAAACCUGAGUGGGUGUGUUGGUUAGCCUACAUUUUAUCAGAAAUCCUCUCCAACAAAAUCAAAUGUGAACAAAACACAAGGUACUGAGUUAAGGAGAGAGGAUGAGAAUGAAGGGUGAUCUUGCAGAGGUGCAUCAAAUGAUGAGGGGGCUAGAUUAUGGUGAAUGCUUAAUCAUCUUCCCAGGAUUGGGGAAUUAAGAACUAGAGGGCAUAAAUUUCAGGUGAGAGAGGAGAGAUUUAAUGUGAAUUUAAGGGCAACUUUUUUUCACCCAGAAAGUGGUCAGCAUAUGGAACGAGCUGCAAGAGGAAGUGGUUGAGGCAGGUACAUUAACACUUGAAAGCUAUUUGGAUAGGAAAGGUUUAGAGAGAAAUGAGUCAAACAUGGAGAGGUGGGAAUCUUGGUCGGCACUGAUCAAUUGGGUUGGAGAGCCUUGUUUCUGUGCUGUAUCUUGACCUGCCACUCCUGUAUGCAAAGUCACCCGAUUUAAUUCCCUGCAGCAAAAUGAUAUUCUCAUCAGGGUGCAGGAUAUUGAUUUAUUUGUGAGCUAGAUCUCCAGCUAAUUUGUGUGAAUGCUGACACUUCCUCUCUCCAUAUCAGGAUACAGCAAAGAACAAAGGAGAGCCUGGCUCCUUGUGCCUGCUCUGACAUUCAGAAGGAUCAAGACUGAACAUCUUCCUAUACUUCACUCUUUCACACUAUCCCCUCUCUGUGGCUAAAAUUUGUGUUGCAUAUUCAUAAGUAACUGAAUACAGAUAGUCUGAAGUAUAGAACACUGCAGCACAGUAACAGGCCGUUUGGCCCUUCUAGUUCAUGCCAACUUAUUUCUCUGUCUUGUCCCAUUGAUCUGCACCCAGACCAUAGCCCUCUGUACCCCUCCCAUCCAUGUACCUAACCAAAUUUCUCUUAAAUGUUGCAAAUGAACCUGCAUUCAGCAUUCCCACUGGCAGCUCAUUCUACACUGGCACCACCUUCUGAGUGAAGUUGUUUCCUCUAAACAUUUCACCUUUCACCCUAAACCCAUGUCUUCUAGUUCUAGUCUCACCCAACCUCAGGGGAAAAAUGCCUGCUUGCAUUUAUCCUAAAUACCCUCAGAAUUUUGUAUACCCCAACAAGAUCUCCCCUCAUUACCCUACACUCCAGAAAAUAAAGUCCUAACCUAUUCAACCUCUCCCUUUAACUCAGGUCUUCAAGUCCCAGCAACAUCUUUGUAAAUUUUCUCUAUACUCUUUCAAUCCUUUCUGUAGGUAGGUGACCAAAACUGCACACAGUACUCCAAAUUAGGCCUCAUUGUACAACUUCAACAUGAAAUCCCAACUCGCAUACUCAGUGAUAAAGGCCAAUGUGCCAGAAGCUCUCUUCAUGACUAUCUACCCAUGACACCACUCUCAAGGAAUUAUUGAUCAGUAUGAAGUGAUGGGGAAUUCUGAGAACUUCUCUCCACAUCACCACCACAAAGGUUAAAUUGUUAUCUUUGGAUUUUGGUCCCAUUGUGAUCAUGGAUUCUUUUCUUUCCUAUUUAUUCAUUCAUGCCACAUGGCAAGACUGGUUGUUAAUUGGGCACCCCAAACUGAACGACAGGGGCUAUUGGAGCCAAAUAUAUUGGGGA